CUGCUUGGGAUCCGCUGCACUUGCGGUCAACGUCUGGUCUAAAGGGGGGUGCACCUUGAAACACGCCCAUGAUGACAUGAGUUGCCGGAACAGCUCAUAUACGCCUCCAGAAUCACCAUAUGCAUACUCCCCAUCUCUCUUUCUCCUAGUCUCAACCGACCCCCAUGCCUCCCACAUCUGCCAUUCCUGGCUUUUACUGGGUGGUAUUCGGCUGGUAUGAGCCUUUGCUUACGUUGUUGGGAUUUAUAGGUGCCAUACUUUACCCAAAGGAGGCCCACGACCAACAAGCACCAUGGCAGACGGAACAGUCGACUGCAAACACUCUACCGUUACCGACUCUUAUCACUACCAUGCAGUUGGCCAGCGUGGUCGGGCUCCUCGGCCUCAUCAACUGCUUUGUGCUUUGGACGGCUCGCAGAUACCUAUUUGGACAACCAGCUAUCCAAGAAAAGGUCGUUUCAGCCUUACUCACACCGCUUUUGAUCGGAGACAUCCUUCAUCUUUCAGUCACAUUGUGGGCGUUGGGAGACGACAGAUGGAAUAUUAGGGCAUGGAGGAAUUCGGGAACUUUGUGGGUAACCAUAUCCACAGGAAUAUCUCUCCUAGUACCACGCAUCGCAUGGCAUUUGGGAAUCGGACGCUAUGUGGACAGUCGAGACAGGCAGACGGACAGACAGAGAAAAUGAUCCGUAAUAUUAUGUUAUUCACAUAU